GGCUGGAGAGGCAGAAGUAGGCUGAGAGGAGAUGGCAUUGCAGAACUGCCCUCUGAUUGGCUGGACCAUCGUGGCUGGGCUAUAAAAGAGACCCCUACAGGCUUGGGAGGGAGAAGCUCAGAGGAUUCUGACAGUAGCUUUCCGGGAGAAAAGGCAAAGUGCGCUCAAAACAGAAGCCACAGCUCCUCCUGCUGCAUUUCUUUCCUAACGUGAAUCCCACACUUCACAAGAUGUGCAAAGGACUCGCAGGUCUGCCGGCUUCUUGCUUGAGGAGUGCAAAAGAUAUGAAACAUCGGCUAGGUUUUCUGCUGCAGAAGUCUGAUUCCUGUGAACAUAAUUCUUCUCACAGCAAGAAGGACAAAGUGGUGAUUUGUCAGAGGGUGAGCCAAGAGGAAGUCAAAAAAUGGGCUGAAUCCCUGGAAAACCUCAUUAGUCAUGAAUGUGGGCUGGCAGCUUUCAAAGCUUUCCUGAAGUCUGAAUACAGUGAGGAAAACAUUGACUUCUGGAUCAGCUGUGAAGAGUACAAGAAAAUCAAAUCACCCUCAAAACUAAGUCCCAGGGCCAAAAAGAUCUACAAUGAAUUCAUCUCCGUCCAGGCAACCAAAGAGGUAAACCUGGAUUCUUGUACCAGGGAGGAGACAAGCCGGAACAUGCUAGAGCCCACGAUAACCUGUUUUGAUGAGGCUCAGAAGAAGAUUUUCAACCUGAUGGAAAAGGAUUCCUAUCGCCGCUUCCUCAAAUCCCGAUUCUACCUUGAUUUGGCCAACCUUUCCAGCUGUGGGUCAGAGAAGCAGAAAGGAGCCAAGAGUUCUACAGACUGUCCUUCCCUGGUCCCCCAGUGUGCCUAGUUAUGGCUCAGCAGUGGAGGGCGGAAAUGCCAAGACUCUACACCUGGAAAACCUGAGGCCACAUAUUGAUCUGUAUUAAGCACCAGUUCUUUCUCCACAUUGUAGCCUAGUGUUCAUGCUGCUGGCUAUGUGUGAGUCACUCCCAUAAAAAAACUAGAUUUAGUUUUGGUUAUUUUGAUGUUCAUCAGGGCAGGACCUCAUUCCAGUCCCAUUUCCCCAAAUUUCUUUUAGGGUGCCAUGUGAGCAAGGAUCCAAAUAAUGGCCUUGUGUGUCUGGAUUUUCAGACUGUUGGCAGUUCUCUCCUCCCAACAGUGUGACCUCAGGUUGGUGGGUUGGUGGUUGGCACACUCUAUCUGACAUCUACAGCCACGUGUGUUCUGUUAACCAGCACUUUCUCCAAACUCGAGAUGCUUAGAUGAGGUUGAUCUCUUUUGUGUACAUAUGUAUGUGUAUGAAUGUGUGUAUAUCUAUAUGCACACACUCAUAUAUAUAUACACACAUUCUGUAUAUAUGUGUGCAUGUAUACAUACAUAUAUAUUUCUGCAAGAAUAUAUAAGAAAGACCCUAGGUGCUCAUAACUAGAGUGUGUGUACACACAUAUGAUCCCCAGGCUUUCAGUCUGCAAUUGAACAGGGCAAACUAAACCAGCUGCCCUACAAGGCUAAGAAAGGAAGACUAACGAGUUUUGCUGGAGAAGCAUCCAAGGGACUUCAUGCUUAACUUAACCACUGACAGCCUCCGAGUUGGACAAAUCGUAGGCCUGAAUGACACCAUGCUGUCUUGGGUGGGUUAUCACUAAAGGCACUUUGGGGUGCCCAAGCUGCUGGCCUCCCCCUUUUUGCCUGGGUGCUUGGUGCAUAAUAUCAGCAGCCAGGUUGGUAUGGAGUUGGAGAUGGGGUGUUUGAACUGAAUGAAGUAGCAAAGGUGGGGCCUCACCAGCUCUACUUACUAUAAAAUGCUGGCUGAGUAAGGGCACAGAAUUUAAAGGUUAAUUUCCUAUCCCCUACUCUUGUUUCCUCUUCUGAUUAAGGUGCUCUUCACAUUUUGUUUUUUCCUGAGAACUUUAGCCAUCAGAUGAGGUUCCUUAGUUCACCGUUGUUAUUUGUUUCCCUAUAAUAGCUCUAGGCUAUAUGCCUAUUCCUUGUAAACCAGCUUUGGGAGAAGAUUAUAUUUUAUACAGGGAAACAUGUUUCACAAACCGAAAAGCCCUCAUAAGUGUAUCUCUUUUGAAGGUAUAAUUUUGUUUAUUCCAUCCCAAACAUUAGGACAAACAGAAACUGAAGGCUCUGAGAUGAAAUGAAAGAGAAAAGGAAAAAAUUAUAUCAAUUGCUAGAACUACUGUUUGAAACUUUUCAAGGCACAUGAAAUACUUGAAAAUGUCUCGUUUAUGUUAUUUAUGAUGUUUUGUACAAUGUUUUUAUUAUUGUAUUAUUUUAUAAAUGGAGGUGCAGGAUAUCACCUGAAUUAUUAAUGAAUGGCCAGGAAGUAAUUUUCUUCUCAUUCGUCUAAAACUACUGCCUUUGAAGUGCACACACAUGCAUACAUGGACACUGCACCAAUUUCUCUAGUAUAAAUUAUAAGUAUGGGCACCUUUGUGGCUUUUAAGCCAGUAGACUGGACUGCAAAAUAAAGACACCAGAGUGUGUGUAUACAAAUUUCAUUAUAUUAAAUUGUAUAGGUUUCCUCAAUUUUACCCUUUUGGUCUCUCUGACAGUCUUGCUUUCAGUAUCCCCAGAGUUCCUCAUCAGCAUCCCUUUCUGUUACACUGUUCCAUGCUUUGUCUCUAAUUAACUCCAAGAUCCAACUGUGUAACUCUAUUGGUCUUGCCCUAUUAUAACUGUUGUGACUUUCAGAUUGUAUCUGUACUCACGGAUUGCUGUCUCACCAGUAUGUCUGGAAGGUCAUUCUGAAUGAGAAGUAAAUUAUUUUAUGUAAUACA